GCGGCGCGGAGAAGAUGGCGACGGCCAUGUACUUGGAGCACUACUUGGACAGUAUUGAGAACCUUCCCUGUGAGCUUCAGAGGAAUUUCCAGCUGAUGCGUGAGCUGGACCAGAGAACCGAAGAUAAGAAGGCAGAGAUCGACAUUCUUGCUGCUGAGUACAUCUCCACAGUGAAGACCCUCUCCCCAGACCAGCGUGUGGAGCACCUGCAGAAGAUCCAGAGCGCUUACAGCAAGUGCAAGGAGUACAGUGAUGACAAGGUGCAGCUGGCCAUGCAGACCUACGAGAUGGUGGACAAGCACAUCCGAAGGCUGGACGCAGACCUGGCACGCUUUGAGGCUGACCUCAAGGACAAGAUGGAGGGCAGUGACUUGGAGAGUUCUGGAGGACGAGGGUUAAAAAAAGGUCGGGGCCAGAAGGAGAAAAGGGGCUCCCGGGGCCGAGGCAGAAGGACAUCUGAAGAGGACACACCAAAGAAGAAGAAACACAAAGGAGGGUCUGAGUUUGCAGACACCAUCCUGUCAGUGCACCCCUCAGAUGUACUGGACAUGCCUGUGGACCCCAACGAGCCCACAUAUUGCCUGUGUCACCAGGUGUCCUACGGGGAGAUGAUUGGCUGUGACAACCCUGAUUGCCCCAUCGAGUGGUUCCACUUCGCGUGUGUGGACCUCACUACGAAGCCGAAAGGAAAAUGGUUCUGCCCACGAUGUGUCCAGGAAAAGAGGAAGAAGAAGUAG